AUGAAGGUUUCCAUUGCCUUUGUGCCCCUCCUUGCCGGGCUCGGAAUGGCCGGCCCCAUGCGCAAGAGAGAAGAGCAUGUUGCCGGAGUUGCAGGCGUCGCUGGUCUCACCGAUCUCACCGAUGUCGCUGGUGUCGCUGGUGUUGCCGGCGUUGAUAACAGCAUCAACCGUGCUCGCAGCAUCGACGUUGCGAAUGUUGCAGAUGUUGCCGACGUCGCUGGUCUCACUGAUCUAACCGAUCUCACCGAUGUUGCUGGUGUUGCUGGUGUUGCAGGCGUUGCAAACAGCAUCAACCGCGCUCGCAGUAUCGACGUUGCUGACGUCGCCGAUCUCACUGAUCUCACUGAUCUCACUGAUCUAACCGAUCUCACCGAUGUUGCUGGUGUUGCUGGUGUUGCCAACUAG